AUGUCCAGUGAAGAAGAUCAGACAAUUGUCAAUUUACACUUCCAGGGUCACAACAUCAGUAGUAAUGAUCCCGCUAGCGUUGUCACGGAAGCACUACAGUUGUGUCUUUCAGAAGAGCAGGCCUUAAUCAAAGCACCACCGGGACUCGACAAGGCUCUAGCAGCUAUCUCUCUGUCCGAACCUAUCUCGUAUGACUUUUUGAAGACAGGGUUCAAGGCCUGGUUUGCGUACUUCCUUGCGACCGGGCGCAACCUCAUGGUCAAAGAAUAUGCUGCUCGUCUAUCAACCUCCACACUCGAACAGGUAGCUGCUGAGGUAUCCGCGACCGAUGCUCAUGAUUCUGUGGACAGACGCCUCCAACAUAUCUUACACUCUUCUGACCGUGGCAACUCUCGUUCCCGACUACUGGCCAACGUCCAAUCAUCAAAGGUGUCGCUCCUCUUGCCCCCCGAGCCCUGUUCUCGUCCCACAAAACGUCGGCGCUCUGACAGCUUGCGUCGCAACCAGCAAAUGGCUUCUCCCAGCCUCCUCAAGACAUCUAUUGCCGACGCAGAAGUCACGAUGCACGAAGGGAGCAUAUCAGAAGCGCUGCAAGAAUGGAAGACGUUUGAAAUCGACCCACAAUACGAAUAUGCGUGGCCAAAGGCCAGGAACCUCCCAUUCGUCUUCCCCCACUACAUGUGCACUGCGAUUGUCAAGGCAGGUGAUACAGCCUGUGUCAUGCUGUCCUUUCUAUCGGACCCAACCGAGUGUCACUUCGUUGUCGAUAUAUCUGCCAGAGAAGUGCAGCAUGUCGCAAAGGAGCUCUUUGGCGUCCAUACCCAGGUCAUACAGAUGCGGCGAUGUCUCGUCUUGGAACAUAGCGCCAUGGUCGAUAUCAACAGGAGUGUAAAGCCCAGAGGGGCUACAAACGUGCCUAUUGACAAACUAUUUGGGCAGGUGGUCAGUACGGCAUUUCGCCAGGGGCCGCAACGCAUGGAGGAACUUUCAAAUGGUGAGAUGCUAUCCAGGUGUCUGUCUAUGACCAUAUGGGAGACAGACGAUAGCCCAGGCCGGCUCGACAUUGGGUUAGAAGCACAACAUGCCGUCGCGAUAUGGCGCGGGCUUUGGCCUGAUGGACUUCACUCAGCAAAUAUCAUGCCUUCUUCCUGA